CGGCGGGCCUAGCCCAGCCAAGCCCAGACAAUUGCCGGCUCCGCCCUGUACUUGAAACCCUAAUUAGUUCGCCGUCGGCCCCAUUGCGGACUCCUCUUGCAGUGCGGGACCGAGCGAGGGAAAGAAGGCGAGAAUGGGCACCGGAAAGCGGAAGAAGUCCGACGGCCGCGAAGUGGAAGCGGCGUCGGCGGCGGCGGAGAGGGGAGGUGGAGGAGGCGAAGGAGUGAAGGAGAAGAAGCGGAGGACGCUCCCAUCGAUGAUAAAGAACAAGGAGAAGAGGAGCGCCGUCCACGCCGAGCUCAAGCGCGAGAAGAGGAUCGAGAAGCGGAAGAAGGCAAAGGCCCAAGAGGCCGCUCUCCAGAGAGCUAUCGAGCUCGGCGAAGAGCCUCCGCUAAAGAAGGUUCCACGGACGAUUGAGAACACAAGGGAGCCUGAUGAGACCGUUUGUAAACCGGAUGAUGAGGAGUUGUUUGCAGGAAAUGAUGCUGAUGAAUUUUGUGAAGUUCUGAAACAGGACGUAAGUCCGAAGAUAUUGAUCACUACAUGUCGUUUCAACUCUACUAGAGGUCCUGCAUUUAUUGAGGAGCUGUUGUCGGUGAUCCCAAAUGCCCACUACUACAAAAGGGGAACCUAUGAACUGAAAAAGAUCAUAGAAUAUGCAAAGAACAAAGACUUCACUUCUAUCAUAGUUGUGCAUACUAAUCGCAGGGAACCAGAUGCCUUGCUGAUUAUCAACUUACCGGAUGGACCUACUGCGCAUUUCAAACUAUCAAACGUUGUCUUGCGCAAAGACAUAAAGAAUCAUGGGAGACCUACAAGCCAUAUGCCAGAGUUAGUACUGAACAACUUCACCACACGCCUUGGUCAUCGUAUUGGAAGAAUGGUACAAUCUCUUUUCCCUCAUGAUCCUAACUUCCGUGGCCGUCGAGUUGUAACCUUCCACAAUCAGCGAGACUUCAUAUUCUUUCGCCAUCAUAGGUAUAUAUUUGAAACAAAAGAAAAGAAAGUCGACCCAAAGGAUAAAGCAGCUAAGGGUGCAAAGGAAAAGAAUGCAUCACAGCAAAAAGUGAUUGCGCGCCUUCAGGAGUGUGGCCCUCGCUUCACAAUGAAAUUAAUUAGUCUGCAGCAUGGAACAUUUGAUACAAAAGGUGGAGAGUUUGAAUGGGUCCAUAAGCCGGAGAUGGAUACUAGCCGCAGGAGAUUUUUCUUAUAAUCAAGAGAAUCUGCUACAGAGUCACUUGAUUUUUGGGGUGAAGUUUUUGGCCGAGGUAUCGGCAGCAGUUGCAUUUAUCUUUUCCAUCUGUUGGUGUCUAACAACAUAGUCCUAGCUUCUCGAGCAAUUUUUUUUACAUUGGUUAUCCGAGCUUUAUAUGUUUUGACUGUUUCAAAGUAAUGUGAGAACAUUUUCUGAAAUAUUGGAAGUCCUCAAGUUAUUCAUGACUUUUCAUCAUCCAAUUGAUUUUCAAAUAAUUGUUUAGUAAAUAGUUAUUCAAUCAUUCACCAUCUUUAUGAUU